AUGUCUAGAGUCGCGGCCUUAUGCGUCGGUGAUCACCCUGACCCCAAUUUCAAGAGAGAAGGACCUUUCCGUUACUUCGACCUCCCCACUGAGGUCCGCGAUCAGAUCUUGAGGCUGCUGCUAGUUCGUGAAAAUGUUGCACUGGGUAGGGAAAAGUCCAUUCGGAAUCGUUUUAGCGGUUGGAGUCACGAGAAACCGAUGUGGCAACUACUCAGGGUGAACGGUCAACUGCGGGCUGAAGCUAAAGUUGUCCUCUUCUCACAGAGGAACAAUACGUUCUACUUUCCAAUCGGCGGGACUUUGACAGGUGUUGCGUGGUGGUAUAUGUUAGGGCGUCCUUCUCCUCACAUCCAGGCUGUUCCGCCCCCAAUCAGGAAGCUGGAUUGUGCAUUUGAUAUGCGCGACUUUGAAGAGACCACCUUCAACAUGUUCGAGGGGACGAAACGGGACUACCAUGAUGAAAUGGCUCCUGGGGAUGUUCCCUUCGAGCGACUUCCACCAAUCGAGCGAUUGGAUCUUAUACAUGACAGCUACCGGUCCAACAUGUUGAGAGUAUGGCGCGGGAUCGCUGAGGCUUUUUGCAUGAUGAAAUUGUACCUGCUCCGACUAGACGUCAGCAAAGCCCGUGCUGCCGACUCGUAG